AUGUCUUGUCAACCAGGUUCAGAGCUAGUGUAUUCCCCUUUCACGCCAUACUCACAAUCUGAGUACUUUAAAUACACUGGGGGGACGAACAAUGGAUGUUGGUGGACAAUCAUAUGUCUAAUUGCGCAAGCGGAUGAAGCUCGAAAGAAACAAUUCGACGCCAUAGCUCUUGUGAUGGGCUUGGUUCCACUCACACUCAAGGAUGUUGCAUGGCCAGAGCGCCGUGUGAUCGCAGUAUCACGCCAGCUACCAGCAAUAGUCGAGGCGAUUGUACGUGCAUUAGGUGUUGUACCUUGGAACGACGCAGACUUCUUUGCAAAGCAACGGGCGAUGUCUUCGUCAAGUCUCUACCAUAGAGCCAUAUCCAUGUCCUACAAGAAUAUUAGACUCUCUUUAUCCAUGUGUACCUCGGGGCUUGUUGUCACAUACGCUGCUCUUGCCGUGAUCGAGGUGUACUCAAAAAGAUCGGUUCUUGCGUGCGAACGUCCAGUCUUCAUUGUCACGUGGCACCUGGGUGCGAUCGUCCCUGCGGCUAUCGACACGGCAUGUUCAAGACCUUCAAAGAUCACUCCUCUAUCAGAAACAAUUGUUCAAAGCGUGACUGAUCAAGCCCUGGUCGACGAGAAACCUCGUGGAACAGAUCAGCCCGGAAUAUCGACGACUGUGAAUACCGGAGAAGUAAUUGCUCAUGGAGUCACUGCAAGCGAGCCUCAAUCCUCCUCUUCAGCCCCCACGAAGCCACCAGCACCAGCUCAAACAACGCUUCCACGCCAGUCUAGCAUCCCCCUCGAAGAUAUUUCUCCCAUCCAAGGACGUGGCAAACCGUGGCUCGUCCAGCUGGUGUGGGCAGUCUACUACAUUUGUGGCACACUAUUCUAUACAUCGAUUGUAGCUGUCACAGUAAUCGAGUUGUGCGUAUGGGUUAUGACUAGCAUAGCUGUCACGGCAGCAAGCAAGCUCCUCGCGUUUUUUAUUUGCACGGCCUUCGAAAAGAGGCGGGGAUCUACCCAAGCAGACGGCGGAGAAUAG